UCCACCGCGAGCUGAGAUGAUGAUGAUGAUGAUGAUGAUGGUGAGUGCGCGGAUAGACGCCGAGUCUCUCUAAUACAUUUCGUUUAACAGCGCAUAAUCAUAACGAUGGAUGGCAAUGUCUUCCCCGACCAAGAACAGCUGCUAGCAUUCCUGAAAAAGCUUAAAGAAGUCUUCGACGUGUGUGACGAGGAUGCAGACGGCUAUAUUCGGGUUGAGCACUUCGUGGACCUCGGUCUACAGUUCGGCCAAGGAGAUGAAGUGAAGAAGUUUGCCAAGUACCUGGAUCCAAAUGCUCACGGCAAAAUUAACUUCAAAGAUUUCUGCCAUGGAGUGUUUGCAAUCAAAGGCUGUGAGGAAAUCCUGAAAACUGCACUUGGGACACCUAACAUUGGAGCCCAGCCAUAUCAGACAGACAAUGGUUACUACUAUCAGCACAGGGAGGGCAGUCUGGGACCCCCGAUCAUCGUAUGCACACGGCCGUACCCGGCGUGCCAGCUGUAUUCUGAUGAGGAGGGACUGGGCUGCCGGGAUGCACAGGAGUCAGAUAUGGACAGUGCUGGAGACAGUGGAGCAGGAUCUGAAUCCUCUAGAGGAGGACAACAUAAUGAUAAAGAGGAAGGACUGGGAGGAUUCUUUCUACAUGGAAACAAUUGUGGUCAUAUGGUCUCAUCAGCAGCAGCGUCAGUGAUCUCAGUGGAGGAGCAAUUCGAGGACUAUGGAGAGGGAGAGGAUGUGGACUUCACUCCCAGCAGCCCCAUCCCAGAUGAUGACACACGCACUAAUGGUUUCUCUGACCUGGGCUCUUCACUGCCCUCCAGUGCUGGUCAGACCCCUCAGAAGAUCAGGCACUUGUACAACAGUGAGCUGCUGGAUGUUUACUGCUCUCAGUGCUGCAAGAAAGUCAACUUGCUCAAUGACCUAGAGGCCAGACUCAAGAACCUCAAAGCUAACAGCCCAAACAGGAAAAUUUCCAGCACAGCAUUUGGUCGUCAGCUCUUCCACCACAGUAACUUCAGCAGCAGUCAGGGCAGCACAGAAGACCUGUUCAGAGAUAGCAUCGACUCCUGUGACAUUGACAUCACUGAAAAGGUGAGUUAUUUGGAGAAGAAGAUAACAGAAUUGGAAAAUGACAGUCUGGCUCAUGGAGAUCUGAAAUCCAAACUUAAACAAGAAAACACGCAACUAGUUCACAGGGUACAUGAGCUGGAGGAGCAGAUUAAAGAUCAGGAGACACGUGCGGAGCAAAGUCUAGAAGAGGAGUUGAAGAGACACAGAGAGGCCUACAGUAAGAUGGAGAGAGACAAGAGCACUGAGAUUGAACUGCUUAGUAACAGGGUUCAGCAACUGGAUGAGGAAAAUGCAGAGAUGAAAGUGAAUGUGUGCAGAUUGAAGUCCCAGACUGAGAAACUGGACCAGGAGAAGCAGCGCAUGACAGAUAAGCUGGAAGACACAAGUCUUCGUUUAAAGGAUGAAAUGGAUCUGUACAGGAAAAUGAUGGAUAAGCUUUGGCAGAACAGACAUGAGUUUCAGAAAGAGCGAGAGGCAAUGCAAGAGCUGAUUGAGGACCUGCGUCGUGAGCUGGAGCACCUGCAGCUCUUUAAGCUGGAGACGGAGAAGCCUGGCCGCGGCCGUAAUGCUGCCGGACUGUCUGAGUACAAUGCCAAGACUCGAGAGAUUGAGCUGGAACAUGAAGUCAAACGGCUUAAACAGGAGAACCAUAAACUCCGAGACCAGAAUGAUGAUCUGAACGGACAGAUUCUCAGCCUCAGCCUUUAUGAGGCCAAAAACCUGUUUGCUUGUCACACCAAGGCCCAGUCACUGGCAGCAGAGAUAGACAAUGCCUCCAGAGAUGAGCUGGUUGAUGCUUUGAAAGAACAAGAGGAUAUCAACUUCCGUUUAAGGCAGUACAUGGACAAGAUCAUCCUGGCUAUCCUAGAUCACAACCCCUCCAUCCUAGAAAUAAAGCAUUAGGCUCUCUGUCAAUCCUCUUGAGCUGAAAGUGGAUAGAGGACACAUGCUUCAUAGAGAACUCUGCAUUCAGGUGAGGGCUGUGAAGUGUACUGACAUAGCCCCUCACACCAAUUCAUUAUGUACUUACAGAGCAAGUUGCUGUUGAAAUGGUUGUGUCUCUCAUGUACUCUGUCUCACAUUCACGGGUUACAGUUUCCAUAGCCACUCAUGUCUUCAUGCUGUGAAUUUAAGUUGUAGAAAUUACAAAAACAAGUGAUGAAACUGGAAUAUAGUGUAGAAGUGUACUUUUCACUCUCAGUUAUAUUUACACACUACCUCUGAGUAUGUACAACUCAGUGUUGUAUUCUACACCAGAAAAAAAAAAAAAAGUAGAAUUAAUAUGAAAUCACAAUGAUCACACCAUAGAGAAGAGCUUUACAUGCACUGACAGGGUAUGGCAUAUUUUUUUUCUCUAAUCAAAUGUGCCAGAAGCCCUCUAGACUUUCUCUAAAACUUGUUUUGAUAGUACUGUUCACCAAUGAACAAUUCAGCACUGAUUCAACAGACAGAGCUAUAGAAAGACAAGAGGUCUGUAUUUGCCUGAGACUUCAUGCAACAUGAAGAUUGCAGCUGUAAUGAAAUUAUGAUCAGCAGAUAAGAGAGCUUCCUGACUGUUUUCUGUCCUCUGCGGUUUACUGUGAACUGCUGUGAAAAUAAUAAUGUUGGCAAACAUUGUGUCAGUCUACCAAAAAAGAGGAACUAGGCUCUAAAGUACAUUGCUGUUAAAGACCCCAUGAAAUCGCUUGACGAGUACAGUUUUCUGAAACAUAUUUCCUAUUGAAACAAGAAGUUUGGCUGGGACAUAUCUAAGGGCUCAUCCUUUUUUUUUUUAAAUAGCAAAUAGGCUUAAAUUAAGUAAAAGCCAUGAGCCAUGAUUUGUUCAUUGCAGGUGUUAUCAGUAGGUGGGACAUUCUCAUUCUACAGAACAUUUGAUUGGACAAAAAUCUGUGUAGCGCAACAUUACUAUUUUUGGUCGGUUUACCCAUUAGAGAAUGCGUAUUAUAAGUGUAUAUCUAUUGAAAGUUAAUUAUAUAAUCUUUUAGGAAUACACUAGCAUAUAGAUAGCUUCAAAGCUAACAGACAUGGACUAAAAGCCACAAAACUCCAAUUUAAAUGUCAUGAGGUCUUUGUUGCAUGAUGUUUCAGUUGCCAUACUGAUGGACUGAAAUAGUCAUACAGCCUCAAACAGGCCUGUACUGGCCAUAAGCAUCCUUUACCUGAGGGAUCACAUGCAGUUAUCAACAAAGAUGCACAAGAGAGGUAAACGGUGUGAGCAGAGAUGACUCAGUUGUACAAAAAUCUGUAAAAGUUUCAAUGAAAUGGCCCAAUGAAAUUUCAAGCCAGAGUGUGUGGGUACUUAUAGAGUUAGUAACUCAGUGCCAUGGGUAGAGGAAGCUGCACAUUAAAUAAAAGUGCUUGAACAAACAUCCCAUGAAUGUAUAACCAUGUCACUCACAGUAUUCAGUAUUCCCAUUAUCCCCAUGAAGGUAUGAAAUCUUAUUUAGCUAGUAAAAUACUAUGUUAAUCAAAGUAUUUUAAAUUAUUGUGUAGUAUGGGAAAGGAGCCAAUACUGCUACAUGCUCGACUGUCACAAACUAGUUUUGCUUUGUUGCACAAAUUGUACUGAAUCUGUUUCUUCGCAUGUUCUUAAUCUCUUUCUGUUUGUGCCCUUUAUUUGUAACAUACCAAUUAACAUUUUGAUUGUUUCAAUAACUAUUACUCUAAUCAGUUAUAGAGGAGCUUUUUAUAUAUUUCUGUUAUACCUUGUGUUGUAGCAUUUUUCACUCAUUGUAAAUGUUGUACAGGGACUAGUUCCUAUUUGUAUUGAUGUGCCACUGAUCAACCUUAAUGAAUAAAUGAAAGGCUGUCUUUUAUACAGUUUUAUGAUAAAAUGGCAAGAUAUGUUAUAAGUUUGACAUAUUACAAAAGAAAUGUACAGGUAUAAGACAGUUUUAAUUGUUUUGUCAAUCCAACUGUUGAAAAUAUUAAGUGACAUCAAAGUUACUGCAAUAUUCCUCUGCUUACUCACCGGUAAUGGUGAUGUCAUAGGCAAGACUCAUUCGUCAUUAUGCAUUUAAAAGAAAUGAAAGGUUGUUCUCAAGCAGUCACAACAAACUUAUGAAGAAACACCCAUUUGAAAAACUUAGCUGAUUCAUAUAAUUUCUGUUUAACACUUGGAUGACCAAAAUCAUUUCGAGCAACAAUGUUUGUUUUGCACAUUUUAAAGAGUUGUGCUGUGUCUGUGUUCACUGUUAAAGACUUUACACAGUUUAACAUCUUUUUUGGGUCAAGGUUUACACAACCUUUUAUUGCUUACGCCUUUUUUGUUCUUAUUGAAAAAAAAAUUACUUAUUUCUUGUCCCAUGUAUGGGUAUAUGAUACAGUUGAUUGCUAUUACUAAUUUCUGUUCACACACGUCUUGUAGAGGAGGACAAAAAAAAAAAAAAAAUCUUUCUGAACAUUAAAUAAUAGUGUAAAGGAUUCAAGAGAUAUGGCAAUUUUGAAAAGUACAAUAAAUGACUUGUUUUGGCAUGACUUGA